AUGUCCACUCCCGCGGACGAUUACAGCGAGCAGUCGUUCUUCUUCCCCGAGUUCAUAGCGGCAAUGGCGCCGCUUGAUGAGCGCUCGGCGAUGGAAUAUUUCACGUUCUCUCCAUGGUAUCGCACAGAACCCCCUUCAAACAAUCAGAUUCUUCGCAUGCAAAACGUAGGGAAUGAGAAUGGGGCGGAAAUGAAUGAGCGAGAGGAGUUAAAGUAUUUCACGGGGCUAGAGUUUGCUGUCGUGCAUUCAGAACCCCCAUCGUUGUUCAUACUUCACAAACGAGAAAGAUUGUCUCCAGACGAAGUUCGCCCCCUUGAAGUGUACUACCUUAUCAACAAUCGAAUCCAGCAAUCACCAAAUCUUUACGCUCUCAUCGCGAAUCGUAUGAACGCUUCGUUACACGCAUUGAUGUCCUCAAUGUCUAUCCUUCGCCAACACAAGCCUGCCUUCACCCCUAAGAAAGGACACGUAUGGCCUGUUUCA